AGGUGCCUCUGUUGACCAACGCCGUCUGCCCAAGGAUUUCGACUCCAUCAAGGCCUCUGACGCCCUCCCCCUCCCUCUAUACCUCACCAAUGCCGUCUUCUUCACUCUCUUCUUUUCCGUCGUUUAUUAUUUGCUCCUCCGAUGGCGAGAGAAAAUCCGUAACUCCACCCCCCUCCACGUCGUCACCCUCUCUAAGAUCGCCGCCAUCGUCACCUUCGUUGCCCCCUUUAUCUAUCUCCUCGGCUUCUUCGGUAUACCUGUAUAUGAGGUUCACUUGCAGCACAGGGGAUGCCAUGGGGAUGAACAUGGUCUCUAAAGGUGUCCAUAAUGUCAUAGACUUCCUCAACAACGAGUUCCCUGACAUGGACGUUAUCGGAAUCUCAGGCAACUAUUGUUCGGACAAGAAACCUGCUGCAGUGAACUGGAUUGAAGGGAGGGGAAAAUCGGUUGUGUGCGAGACCAUCAUCGAGGAGGAGAUUGUGAACAAGGUGCUCAAGACUGAUGUUGCUUCAUUGGUGGAGCUGAACAUGCUCAAGAAACUGACGGGUUCGGCCAUGGCAAGAGCUCUGCGUGGUGUGGUGACGAUGGGGAGGCUGAUUUUGGGUUUUUUUGUGGAUCGGACGGAGGACGCCGCGUGUAGAGAAUUUCGAUCAGGCUGAAACCUUAAUCGACUAUGUACAUGUUCAUAGUCGAUUAAGCUAAUCGACUAUGUUCUGGUAGUCGAUUA